UGCGUGUGUGUGUGUGUGUGAGAACCGAAGCCCAACCCACGGCCACUUCACCCGCGCCACGAGCUCACUCAGACGCCGAACAGGUGGUCCAGUCCCACCUGAGGAGCACAACAUGAGGAUUUAUCCUGCUUUUUACCUGUAUGGAUACAAUGUUGCCGUCGCUUACUGAUUCUUCCUGAAGAGUUCAACACUUCACGCGCUUCCCUGUGGAGUCUCUGGGAAUAUCGGGCGAAUAUGAAAGUGACAGUGUGUUUUGGGAGGACCCGGGUGGUCGUUCCCUGUGGGGAUGGGAAUAUCAAAAUACACAGUCUUAUUCAGCAAGCGACAAUGAGAUAUAAAAAAGCCAUAGCCAAGGACCCAGGCUACUGGAUACAGGUCCAUCGGUUAGAACAUGGAGACGGGGGGAUUUUGGACCUGGAUGACGUGCUGUGUGAUGUAGCCGACGACAAAGACCGGCUGGUGGUGGUGUAUGAGGAGCAGGAUCCUCAUCAUGGAGGUGACGGCACCAGCGCCAGCUCCACGGGAACCCAGAGUCCCGAACUCUUCAACACGACUGAGCUCAACUCCAGCAACCUGUCCGCCUUCCAGCCCUACCAGACCAGCAGCGAGAUCGAGGUCACGCCAUCAGCCCUCAGGACCAACAUGCCCUUGCAUGUACGGCGUAGCAGUGAUCCAGCCCUGGUUGGUCUUCCCGAAGCCCAGCUUCAGCCAGAGGAACCGUCUCGUAAGAAUCCCACACGCUGGUCCACCACGGCAGGGUUUAUGAAAGCCAACACCACCAGCAGAACCAGUAGUCUAGAGCGAAAGGCUAAGGAUCUGGAAGCGUACCGCAGCCUGCCUCGGGAUGGCGUCCCCUGGGCGUCUCAGUUUCAGAGGGAAAACGCCCGCUCCUCCCUCAGUGCCAACCAUCCCAUGGUGGACCAGUGGCUUGAGCGCCAAGAACAGGAAGAAGAAGAAGACGAGGAGAGAACAGACAACGGGAAGAACGGAAGGAUAGAACCGGUGGGACGGGCAGAUUCCUGUGUUGAAUCCGCUUCACUCGAUGAAAUGUUAAAGCCGGUUGAGGUGUCCAAUGGCGGCGGGCCCCUAGGAAUCCACGUGGUGCCUUUCAGUGGCAGAGACAGAAGGACUCUGGGUUUGUUAGUGAAGAGGUUGGAGAGAGGCGGAAAGGCGGAGCGGGAAUCUCUGUUCCAGGAGAACGACUGUAUCGUCAGGAUUAAUAACGGAGACCUCCGCAACAUCCGAUUUGAACAGGCCCAGAAUUUGUUCACACAGGCGAUGCGUUCUCCAUUCAUCCUGUUCCAUGUAGUUCCAGCGGUGAAGAAAGCCCAGUACGAGCUGCUGUCUCAGAACGAACUGGGCCUUCAGACUGGUUCUGGUUCUGGAGACAGAGGUAGUCUGUUAGGAGGAGUCGUGGACUACAGCCCGCGGAGACUGUCCAAAGCGGAUUCGACCCGGAGCUAUCCCACGCUACCACACACAGCGAACUCUUCCAACAUGAGCCCGACAGGCCCGGCCCAAACCUCCAGGCCCACCAGCGCCACUUCCUCUGUGGGAUACUCCAAAAAGAUCGGCCGCAAGUUCAACGUCCAGCUGAGGAAAGGUCCGGAGGGCUUGGGUUUUAGCAUCACCUCCAGAGACGUGCCCAUCGGCAGUUCGGCCCCCAUAUAUGUGAAGAAUAUCCUCCCCCGUGGAGCCGCCAUCCAGGACGGGCGUCUGAAAGCUGGAGACCGGCUGCUCGAGGUGAAUGGAGUGGAUCUGAAUGGUAAGACUCAGGAGGAGGUCGUGGCUCUGUUGCGCUCGACUCCCAUGGGAGGCACUGUAGGUCUUCUCAUCGUCAGACAAGAGGACGCUUUCCUGCCCCGCGAAGUGAAAGAAGAACAAUAUGAUUUAAUAUUGACUCCGGAUGGAACGAGAGAGUUUUUGACCUUUGAAAUCCCCCUGAAUGACUCGGGCUCGGCAGGGUUAGGGGUCAGCGUCAAGGGCAACAGAUCUAAAGAGAACCACGCUGACCUGGGCAUAUUCGUCAAGUCUAUAAUCACUGGAGGAGCCGCUUGCAAGGAUGGGCGGCUGAGGGUAAAUGACCAGCUGAUAGCAGUUAAUGGAGAGUCUCUACUGGAAAAGACCAAUCAGGAAGCCAUGGAGACCCUCCGCAAGUCCAUGUCCGUCGAGGGCAACAAGAGAGGCAUGAUUCAGCUGAUCGUUGCCCGACGGCUCGCAGGGAGAGGAGAGGAGUCUCCGAGUAGCCCGACUGUGUCUCUGAACUCUCCACGAGAUGAACAUGAGCGGCGGAUCUCCCAGUCGCUGUAUCCCGGAGAGAGCCUGGGAGACCAGCACACCCCACGACACACCAUGAUGGGGAGAUUGAUGGGUAACUUCCAGCUGUCCCCCACUGUGAAUAUGCCCCAGGAUGACACCGUCAUCAUUGAAGAUGAUAGGCCACCUGUUCUUCCUGCCCGCUUGUCUGACCAAUCAUCAUCGAGCUCCCACGAAGACAUGGGGUUUGUGACAGAAAUGCCAGAAUCCUGGCCCAAAGAUGUCCAGAUACAGGAUGAAAGCUCUCUCAGUCCAGACGCAGACGUGGAUGCCCAGUUCCAGAGGGAAGGCUUCGCCCGGCAGAGCAUGUCCGAAAAGAGGACCAAACAGUUCGACGACGCUUCUCAACUGGACAUUAUCAAGAGCCGCAAGUCCAAGAGUAUGGACCUAGUAGCCGACGAGUUUAACCUCACUCCCCGCAAAGAGAGGACCGAAGGCAACUCCACGCGAGAUGUGGGACCGUCGUUAGGUUUGAAGAAGUCCAGUUCCUUGGAGAGCCUCCAGACAGCUGUUGCAGAGGUGACGCUCAACGGGGACGUCCCGUUCCACAGGCCUCGUCCCAGGAUCAUCAGGGGAAGGGGUUGCAACGAGAGCUUCAGGGCGGCCAUCGACAAAUCAUACGACAAGCCAGGUGUGACCAUAGUCAACCCCGAUGAAGAUGACGAAGGUAUGGAGACGUUGGAAGAAGAUACAGAGGAAAGCUCUCGGUCUGGCCGUGACUCCAUUUCCACUGCCACAGACCUCACCCUCCCACCCUCCAACACAGAGAAACACAUGAAUGGAGGACGCACCAAAGAUGACAAGAAGGAGCGUGGAGGGAAGGACAAGAAAGACAAGAACAAAGCCAAGAAAGGCGUGCUGAAGGGCCUGGGCGACAUGUUCAGGUUUGGCAAAAACCGCAAAGACGAGAGGCAAGGAGACAAGAUGGAGCGGAAGGGGUCCAGCAAGAGCAAGAUGGAGGAAACUCAGGCCACUGAAGAGGAGAUGCAGAGAAUGAGGCUAGAACAGGAGAGAAUUCAAGCUAAGACGAGGGAGCUCAGAGAGCGACAGGCCAGAGAGCGAGACUACGCCGAGAUCCUGGACUUCAACCGAACCUUCAGCUCAGACGAGGAGCACACGUACGCUGGGAUCGGCUCUCUGGACUCGUCUCUGGACAGCAGUCUGGAUCUGAGCCAUAACCCCGGGCAGGAGCGUCCUCAGAGUCCUCGGGACCUGCCCAUGCCCAUAGAGGCGCUUUACGCACAGGUCAACAAGCCCCGCAACGGACGCCAACCCUCCACAGACAGCAACAGACUGGCACCUAGCAACCAUGACCGGAUACAUCGGCUACGGCAAGAGUUCCAGCAGGCCAAGCAUGAGGAGGAACCUGAUGACCGCCGUCGAUCCUACAGCUUUCAACAGCAACAGAGGGCCAACACAGGUUCUUACACACCGACGGGGCGGCAUUCGGUUUCUGUGGAGGUGCAAGUGCAGAAACAGAGAGAGGACUCUUUUACUCAAGCCCAGAGGCAAUACAACUCCUUACCGCGACAACCACGUAAAAACCCUAGCACCGUGUCUCAAGACUCUUGGGAUAAAGUCUAUCCUCCCGGCGAUGUCUUUCAGACCACCAAAGAAAACCCGCGCUACUCCAGCUACCAGGGAUCCCGCACUGCCAACGGCUACCUGGGCGCCGCCUCCACAGGCAUGAACGCCCGCGUACUCCUGGAGACCCAAGAGCUCCUGAGACAGGAACAGAGACGAAAGGAGCAAGAGGCGAAAACCAAGCUGCCUACGAUGGAGGAAACACCAGCCCCAAUCCAAACCCCGGUCCCUACACCACCCAAAGGUCCCUACCGACAAGAUGUGCCACCAUCGCCCACCCAACUCGCCCGGCUCAACCGUCUACAGACCCCUGAGAAGGGCCGUCCCUUCUACUCUUGAGACGAGAGAUCAAAACUGUAGGAAAAACUGUAUUACAGCAAUAACAUUGAAUGGAAAGAGACAGAGCUAUAAUAUGGAGGAUUCUGAGUAAUUGGUUUUGGAGGUUUUUCUGAGGGUUUUUCCAAUUUGUUUUUUUUUUGUUCUCUAGUAUGUACACACUGAAAAUCUUUAUGGAAUAUCUAUCUCCCAUCCCUGCUUUUGACAAACUUGUUAUGUGUUUGUACUGAAUUCAUUGACGUUACGCCACUAGGUUCUCUUGACAAUCACAUGACAGUCGAUGCAUGGCUGUUUCCAGCAUAUUGUGACCUACAUAUCAUGUGUUUUGUCAAGUGUGCUGAGAACUGAAUUUCACUACACCUGUCAGGAACAUUUCUGGGUCAUAUUGCACCACAGAAUCAAAGAAAAAUAUAUGCAAUAUUUAGCCUGUUUCUAGGUCUAUGAAAAAUGUCACUGUUUCGCAUGAAGUGGAAUACAAAUUAGAAUAAGAAUUUGUUCCCACAACUGUUAUGGGAACAAAUUCAAAUUCCAGUUUAUUAC